AUGUCUCCCUCUCCUCAGCCCUCUACCAAUUCCUCAUCAGAUCCCUUGACUGACCCCAGCGAGGCAGAGAUCGCGGAUGGCCGGUCUUCUGUCCGCCGCCUUUCGCCUUCUUACGACGCAGUUCCCUCCAACAUCUGUUCUUGCUCAUUCACUUGUCCCUCGCAGUCUUCUUCCUGUUCCUUUUCGGAUACUCCUUCCUCGUGUGGUGUGCAGAGGAGCGAUGCAGGGUGCGGAGAGACCUGGCCCGGGCGGAGCGAGGACACGGACGAAAGCGAGGCGCGGAAGCGUUUGAUUUUCUCGCGUCAGGAAAGAUGUGGCGAGCGCGGGGAGAGCAGUCCGCGAGGCGUCUUUGCCGCUCUCGGCUUUCGCGAGACGGUCAGCGGAGCCGGCGCGGCGAAUGUCUCGGGGGACAACCGGCAGAUUCUGGAAAGGCCCGAGAAGGGAGACUGCCGGAGGAACGCAAAGACAGCAGAGACACCGGCGGCGGCUGCGCUCGGCGAGCAAAGAGUCUCGGCCUGCCUUCACGAGGAGAGUAUGGACGCAGCGCGCCGAAGAGCGCGAGAAGACUGCGGGGCUCGCGAAAGGACCACAGGGCGAGAACGAGGAGAACAAGAAGAAAGAGGGGGAAAGGGGGAGGGUGUGUUGGGUGAUGAGGACAUCCACGCAAACGAGUCGGAGGACGGGAAGGCGAGCAGAAGCCCAGAGCAGAGAGAGGCAUUAGCGAAGCCAGUCGCGUGUGGACACUCAGCCGAGGACGGAGCGUCUCUGUCUCCGUUCACGGCUUUUCUCUUGGCGGCUCCGAGUGAGUGUCUGGACCGUCUCUUUGCGUUUUUAGAUUUCUCGGCCUUCUUCUCGGCCUUUGCCACCAACACGAUCGCCUUCUCGGUCUUUUCCUCGCCCUCGCUGCUGCCCCAGACUUGGCGACGCUUCGCCCUCGCCCGGAAACUCUGUUUGGUCGCGGUGCCUGCGCCGCCCUCGUGGCUUUCGAAUUCGAUAUUUUCGGCCGAUUCGCCGAGCGGAGGUCAGAAGACACUCGAGGCGGAGCGGAAGUGGGCCGCUGACGGGCGGCCUGCGCUUGGCGACGCUGAGAGGCGCGGAAUGGAACCGAAAAUCGAGAAGAAGCUGCCCUUGGUGACUGUGCCGUGCUGCCUGAGUCGCGGGGACUUUCUCCGCCUCGGCCAGGCGAAUCGCCGUUGGCGCCUCGGCUUCUUCUCUCGCGAGCAACGGAUUUCUGUCUUCACCCACGAGCCUCUCGAGAAGGCGCAGAUUGUCGCGUGCCCCCCCCUGUUCUCCUCCAGUCAGGUGUCGUUUUCCGCGUCCCCGCCAUUCCCGGCGCAGUCGCUCCUUCCCGGCGCGCUCGCGCGGCAGAUCGGUCCGUCGAAUCGCUUGACUUCUCUCGCAAUCGAGGGCCGAAAGGGCGCGCGAAACGGGCCCAGUGAAGAGCCGUGCCCGCUCCUCACCGUCUGUUCCAGCUGUAUAUACACCGCAGACUUCGGGCGGAAAAAGGCGACGGGGACCGGGAGCUCGGGCGGGGCAGGCCGCAGCCAAGUAUGUGCUGCGGGAGAGGUCCGGUUGCUCGCCGUCCCUGCUUCGAUGUCGCUGGUGUCUCCUUUUCCGCUCCUCUCCGGCAGCGGCGUCAUUCGCCUUCUGCAUCCGAACGCGUCUGGUGCGCGAGCGGCGUCCUCCGCUUUGCCUUCCCCUCAGAGCGACGCGAAAGAAGCUGCGCACGGACCCCAAGAUGCCUGGACUGCCGGCGCAGGCUCCGUGGGUCCCGGGAACGAAGAGAAGCAGAGAAAAAAGAAGGUCCAGGCGCGCCGCCCGCCACAUGUGGCCUGGGUGCCGUGCCUCGAGCACCCUCUGCUCUGGCAAAGACCGGCCAGUUCUGGACGGCGAAGGGAAGACGGCAAACGGUUCGGGACUGCUUCUCUCUGUUCUUCGCCUGGCCUUCGACCCUCGUCUUCUCCUUUUCUUGGGCCAUCUUCUUCUCCGAUUCAUGGACCUUCUUCUCCUUUUCUAGGGCCUUCGUCUUCUCCGGGGUGUUGCCCUUCUUCUUCUCCUUUUGUUGGGCCUUCUUCGUCGCCUUUUCUAGGACCAUCGUCUCCUUUUCUAGGGCUUUCUUCCUCUCCGAUUCAUGGCCCUUCGUCUUCUCCCUUUAUGGGGCCUUCUCCUCUUCUGGAGUCGUCGUCUUUUUCCCGAAAGGAGGGAGAAGAGAUUAGAAAGCGCGACGCAGAGGGACAGAGCAUUCCAGGGCGCCUGCUGGCGGCGGCUGAGCGGGGGCCCGUUUCCUCGGAGGCCGUGCGAGAAGGGCGGAGGGAUCAACUGAACGAACAAGGCGAAUCGCCUGCAACUCACGGAGUGGCAUCCGCAUCGUCUCUCUCCAUAUCGGCGCCGAACCACUUCCUCUGUCUCACACUUCAGCCCAUCGACCUUGUUCCUCCUAGUCCGUCUCCUCCUGGCCCUCCUGUUCUGCCUCUGCCGGGCGAGGCGAGCGACGUGGGAGGUUUCAACAAAGCUGAAACGAAGGAAGACUCUGCGUCGCCGAGAGGGCCCCCAUCGACCGACGCAGGUAGUGCGUGUCUUUCGGCCUCGGCUUCUUCGUCUUCGGCCUCGGCUUGUGCCUCGUUGUCUCCAGGUGAGGGAGGACAAGGUGUCGGGUGCUCUGGAGAGACGCUCAGGGCCCAAUUCGGUCAGAAGGCGGAGGCACUGGCAGAAGGAGAGAAGGUCGUCGCGUGCGUGGGAGAGAAAAAGGGGGAGAGGGGCGCGAAGGGUGGCAACGAGAAAAAGGAGGAGAAAGAGGCGGCGAAGGCAGAAGCCGUCUCAAAAAAAGUCCCCAGCGACAAGUCGUCCUCUGCGAAUCUCUCGUCGACGCCCGCCGCUCCGCUUUUUCGGCUUCACUCGGUGGCGCUCUGUUCGCUGCGACGGCAGCAUCACGCCUCAGGGCCUCAAGUCCUGCAUCCGCAUGCCGUUGCCUGCUGCGCCCUGGAAGAUGAAGAGGCGUUGACGAUCGCGUCUGCUCUAGUGUGGAAACGGAAUACUUCCAACAGGUCGACGCCUCUCCCCGCGCCAAGUCGAAAGUCUUCUUUCUCUCCCUCCGUACCUCCCUCUUCUUCCUCUUGUGCUCCCGCGUGUUCGUCUUCGCCUGCGACCUGUGGGGUUGGAGAGAGGGAAACGGCUGCAGACGCUUCAGCGUCAGGUGCGGCGGCGGCCAUUUCGAGGCCCGGGAAUUCGGUCGAAGAGAAGCGAGAGAAAUUUCCAAUAAACGCGAGUGUCGCGUUCGUGUUGGGAAGCACCAGCGGCUUGGGAAGUGGCCCAGCGCCUGUCUCCUUCGUCUCCGUCAUCGCCGCUGGAACGUCGUCGGGGGCGAUCUACGCGACCUCGCCCUCGCCGUGCCUCGUGAGUGCAUGCACCUGUCUCCCGCGGCUCGCGUCCGUGGAAGCUUCGUCUCCCUCACAAACUCCUCCAGCGCGCUCUUUUCAAACUUCUCUUCCACUGUCUUCCCCUCCCUCCUCUUCUUCCCAACCGUCCUCUUCUGCCUCGCGAAUGUUGCGUCGAGACCAGAAAGCAACUGCCUUGUUUGCCGCAGAGGAGGCGAGUCGUGGCUGUCCGCUGCAGUUUGUUGGGCGCAUCGCGUCGCCAGAUUUUUCCCAGACUGCGUCGGGCCCGAUCGACUUUUUGCACCUUGUCUCUGGGACGCCCUGGAGUUCGCCAGUUUUGCCUUCUCUCCCCGCCCCGAGUCGAGGCAGUCCCGCGUGCUCGCCUGCUUCCUCGCCGCUUCUGCAGCCUUCUUCCUUUCCCUCCGUCACGGCCCCCUCGGCCUCGCCUGUCGCUGCGUGUCCUCCCGCGCCUUCGCUGGCGGCAGACGCGCCCGACGCGCCGGCGUGGCAUCUCCGAAACUGGUCCCCUGCCGUCGCUUCCGAAGCAAGCGGAGACAGGUUCUUGGAAGAGACGCCGAGACAGAGCCCGGGAGACGGGGCGGUCCCGUCGGGGAUCCUCGCCGCCGCCCUGUGGCUCUUCGCCGGGACCAGCAAAGGCGGCGGCGUGAAGAUCUUUCGGUGGACCUGGGCGUGCUCGCGAGAGCUCGAAGCUGAGCGCGAGGCGGGGCCAGCCGAGAGCGCCGACGCUCUCGCCCCGAAGAGCAGAACGGCGGAAGGGAAUGAGGUUAGGGGAGAAGCGUGCACGCGGUGUAGCUACACCGGGAAGUGGGAGUGCAUGUACACAAUGGCUGGGCAAUACGAUCUCCUCACCGUCGACCUCCAGUGGGGUCUGUUUGCUCUCUCCACACCGGUCGACUCAAAAAUCCUCUUUCUCUCCUUCAAGAAGCUUCUGUCGCACACGCAACUCAGCUUUUCUUCGGGCCUCAGCGGCUGCGGGGCCUCUCCCUCCACGUCUGGUUCGCCCCCACAUGUCUCGGUUCUCCCCUCUUCUUUUCGUUCGUCUUUUUGCUCGUCGGCAUCUUCGUCUCUGCCGUUCGGGGCAGUCUCUUCUCUGUCUGCGCUGUGGAGCUCUGCGGAUGCAGCCUUCGGGACUGCGUGCGCGGUGCCUCCGGGAGGAUUUCCCGCGCGCUCGCUGCGGGGGUUUUCUUCGUCGCCUCUCAUGUGUCCCUCGCAGGGCGCGAUUGGGAAGAUCUUCGUCGCGAGUCCGCCCACGUGCCUCGUCUCCUUGGGUGGCGGUCGAUGGGCAGCGGCUGUGGGGCGAGCGCUGCGCCUCCUCCAAGUGCACUACGAGGAAGAGAAGAGCGAGGCGGAUCGCACGGCGCGCGGCAGACCCGGAGAUCGCUCCGAACGAAGAAGAGACGCGAGGGCGCCGCGAAACCAUGAAGGUCCGUCGUCCGCUCCCGAGGCUUCGACUGUGUAUGCGGCGCCGGCGACUCUGCGAUGCUCCUCGCUCUGCGUGUUGAGCGGCCACGACUCUCGCAUCUAUCGCUUGGCCUUCGACGGCGUGCGGCGGCUGGUGUCCGUCGACUUGGCAGAAGUUUUGAUUGUCUGGGACACGUUGCGUCAGCGGAAGCUCGUUGGCCUGGAUUUGAAGGUGAAGAAUCCGCCGCUGACGGCUUCGCAUCUCGCCUCGCUCUCUGCGCUCCUCCCGCGGGACUUGCGGUUCCCAGCCUCCCCGCCGCGAGGUCCCGCGCUCACGGGCGCAGACUGUGCGGCGCUAUCGCUGGCGGCCCAGGCGAAGAAAGGCUCGGGUCUCUUGCUUGGCCGGGACUGCCGAGCCGACUCCAGUCUCGCCGCGCCGUUUCUCUCCGGCACCCUCGCAGUUGUGGCGGCUGCAUGCGCGGCCUCGGAGGGGCGCGUGAUGGGACCGGCUCGCGCGGGCGGCGCCAAGCCGCGUCGGCUGACAUCCCAGGCUCUCGGGUUCUCGGUCGCGACUGCGAAGAAGAAGGGGAGGGCGCGAGAUGCCUUCUGCGCAGGCGACGAGGUCGACCAGUUCCUCGUCGCGCAGAGCGCCUCGCGGCUCCUCGCGAAAGAAAACGUCACUCAGCGGUGCAGAAAAGUGAAGCGAAAAGCCGAGCUGUGGACUGGAGGCGGCGGUCUGAGUGCAUGCAGAGACGACCCCGCUCGCCACUUGGGCUCCAGGCCUAGAGGCGACGUGUGCGGGAGUCGAGGGGCCGAGACGGACAGCGACUUUGACGACGAAGAAGAUUUCUUGGUGGAUGACGAGCUUCGAGAGAGAGAGAACGCGCUCGCCGAAGCUGUCCAGCUCCAAAUGGAAUACGACCUUCGAAAUCUCGACCGCCGACGCGACGCGCCAGACGGCGAAGGAACUUUCGACUUUGCGUCGCUCGCCUCUUCGGCGGGCGCCUGGACAAAGAACGGGAGUCCAGCGCAGCACGGCCCGAGGGGAACAAACUCGGGAGGCUUCCUCCCAGGUUCGCCUCAAACCGCGAUUCGUUCGCUCUCGGCCUCACAGCUGGCGCCCCAAAGGCGAAGAGACUGUCCCCUCGCGGCGUCGCGGCGGCAUCCGAGCACGCAGUCCAGUUGGAGUGAGGCCUCGUCCCCGCCGUCGCCGUUCCAGAUGCCUCUGCAUGCGCCGGCGUCUCCAGAGCUGAAGGAAAACGCCAAACCCUUCUCGCCUCCACCUGUUUCCUCCGAGAGCUACUUGGCGCAUUUUCCGCCGCUCCUUGCGCUCCCGCCUCUCGUCGCUGCCGACUCCCGGGCGACGUCGCGCGAAAAGGAGCACCGGAGACUGGAGAAAGAGAAGAAGGGGGUUCCCGAGUCGCCGGAAACGACAGACGCUCGCAAUGGCGAGGGCGCAUCUGUCAACGACGGUUCGCGUUCUAGCGACCGCGAGCCUCCCGCGGCUGUGUCUCCUCUGUCUCUGCUGUUGAACUCGCCCCUGCAGGGCAAAGAGCCGCGCUCCGUCGCCGCCUGCCACACAGACACUCGAGAGAGUCAGCUGGAGAAUGACAAGGAGAAUCGCCUGUCGUCGCCCGCCUCGGGAUCUGCCGCUGUCGGGAAGCGCGAGGAGACGCCACGCCCGCAAGAGAAGAGAAAGAAGACGUUCGCAGAGGCUGCAGCUGUCGCCAAGGCGGACAACGCUCUCUCGCGGCGAGUCUCGCCGUCGGUGUCGGCUGGCCAGGCCGCUCUGAACUCCGCGCGAGCGGCCGCUUCUGAACUGUUUUGCGAAAUGCUCGAUCGGGACUCCGCGGAGGUGUUGAAGACUGCGGCGACGGCUCUCGGGAUGUCCGUCGACGAGCUGUAUGUACAUCAGAUGAUGGAGCUGCAGCGCCACGAAGAAAGAAGCAAGCGGCGCGGAGGGAGUGAACCGAGAGCCGAGCAGCGGGACAGAAGCGGAGAAGGAGGGCCGCCCGAGAAGGGACUUGCAGAGACGGCGACUGGCGACGCAGGAAAUGCCGGAAAAAGAAGGCACAAUAGAGAAUCGGAUGACGCAACACAGCAAACUGACGAAGGAAGGAAACCCCAAACGACCGUCGAGGGGACCCAACAGACUGAAGUACCUUCCGAAACUGAACACAGGGAGACGCCCACUUCCACGAGUAAGCCGCAUUCCUCGUCAUCCUCUUCUUCGUCUUUGGCUUGCGGCCCCGGGGAAGACCAGAGUCCUCCUGCGGUGGCGGAGUGUCUCCUUUCGACGUUGAACGGCUUGUCGGGCGUGCCUCGGCUGAUUGGGCUCCUGGGUCGGAAGGGCUUGGUUUGGAGACAAGGCCCGAACAGUCAAGCGCGACACAUCGCUGCGGUCUGCGUCGGCGAGAGACAGUUGGCGCUGCUCUACCGCGAGUUGAAAAUGUGGCAGAUCUGGCACUUUGAUAACUUCCACACUGACGAGCACGCGCCCGGAUUCGUGGAGCCUGGCGACCUCUAG